GACGCUUUGGAAUAGCCCAUCUGAGAACACGAACUGACAAAGUCAAAAGAUGUACCGUAAGUCAAGAUUUACCAGACAAAUGAUGGCGUACACACUCCCACGGACCACUUUCUUCGUACUUUAUUUGGUGUUGUUAUGGAUUCCGUUCUCAACAUCUGCAGCUACACCUACUGCAGCAGCAGUUAAACCAACCAUGACGUACCCUUGUUCUGUAUGCAGGUGUUUAAUAACUGUGUUACAACGCGGACAAUCUAUCGCUGCAGACUGUUCAAAUCUGCUAUUGACGGAGACCCCACUUGACCUGCCAAGAAUAAUUGGUACUUUGGAUAUGUCUGAAAAUAAAGUGAAUUCGUCAUAUUUUCUUCAUCUGGACAAGUAUCCAAAUUUGCGACAUUUGAAUGCUUCUUUCAACACCUUCGCGAACUUCGACGUUUCAAAAGACCAGAUUCUUUCCAGCAAUUUUCAAAUUCUAACGCUCGACCUAUCUGGAAAUGUGUUAAAAUCUGUUGACAAUCAUACAUUUGAUAAUAUGCCAUACAUUCGUGAGAUCAGAGGGCUUGAGGCAUUGAAAUUUCUUCCAAAUUCUCUUAACCAGCUGACUGAUCUACAGAAACUCUCCGUUACUUCUCAUCAGAUUGAUAUCCCAGAGGAGCUCUUUCAUAACCUCAUGAUUUCUUAUCUUAAGCUGAACGCCACAAAGACCAUUUAUCUUCCGGAGAAGCUGUUCCGACACCCUCACAGAUCUCUUCUGUCUAAUCUCUCAAUAAUCGGAGGGGAAAUAAAGGAACUACAUGUUGACACACUGAGGAGCCUUGUGUUGUUGAAGCAUAUCGAGAUCGUAGGUCCAAAUAUGAGAUUACCUGCUCAUUUGUUUCAUGAUGAUGCCCAAGGCCCAACCACCAACGAGGACAUGCCUGUUAAUUUGAAGACAAUACGAAUAAUUGGUGUCCGAAGUUUACCGAGGACAAUAUUUCACAAACAAAAAAUGUAA